AGAUCUGGACAAGAAGUUACACCUGAAAAUUAACACUGACAGAAAUUUUAUCAAAAUUACAUAUCGAAGCUGUAAAAUAAAAUAAUUAUAAUUUAGACCAAAUCCGACCAUUUCUUAAUACCUUACAGCCCGUUGUUUGCCCGCACAUUCUCUCUCUGUGCAAAUUCCCAGUGUUUGUGUGUAGCGCCGACUGUCGGGAUGCGUUGAGCGAGUACACGGACCGAAGGCGCAACGGCUGUUAUGGAGAUUAUUUUAUUUCCCUCAAAAGCUUACGAAAAGGAAUUAAACGUGAUUAGACGGACAUGAAUUUGCCGACUGAGUUUAAAUGAAGCAACAGAACUUGUCCACCUGGUCCAUAUAGGAAAAGUUAUCAAGAAUAUGGUCCGUCUUUGGCUGUCAUCUGCCUCUCUACAUUAUCCUAUUGGAUCUCGAGAUUGUUUGCAGCUCUCAUCAGGCACUUGGACAUCAGAACUGCAGGUGUGACAGAGUCGAAUGUCUAUGAUAGGACACAGCAGAAGAUCCAAGCAGAAACCACAGUCUUCGUGGUGUCAGAAGGGAAGACGUUGAGAGUCUUGACUUGAAAGAUAUGGCAGAGCAUGCAGAGCUGCUAGCGGAAAUGGCAACUAUCGGCCGUCUCUCAGCCACUGAGCGCCUGAAGCAGGCACAGAAGAGACGGGCGCAGCAGCUGAAAGGUUGGGCUCAGAUGGAGAAGGACAGUGCCCGUGGUCACAAGGGAGAUGGGGUGAAGAAAAGCAGAAGAGUGACCUUCCACACCAACAUCACGUUACUGGAGGCUUCAGCCAGGAAUGACCUAGAGGAGGUACGAGAGUUGCUGAAUAAUGGAGUCAGUCCAGACCUGUACAACGAGGACGGGCUCACUGCACUACAUCAGAGCUGCAUAGAUGAUUUUGUGGAUGUAGCUCGCUGUCUUCUGGACGCGGGUGCAAAUGUGAAUGCGUGUGACAGUGAGCUGUGGACCCCUUUACAUGCGGCGGCCACCUGUGGACACACUGACCUCGUCCAGCUGCUGAUAGAAUCGGGUGCAGAUCUGUUGGCGGUGAAUGCAGAUGGAAACAUGCCGUAUGAUCUGUGUGAGGACGAGGCUACGCUAGAGCUCAUAGAGAUGAUCAUGGCAGAGCAGGGGAUUACUCAGGAGAGAAUUGAUGAAUGUCGUGGAGCCAAGGAGAAAGAGAUGCUGUCUGACCUUCGAGAGCUCAUAGCGAGCGGAGCUGAUCUGAAUGGGAAGGACGAGCAAGGGGCCACUCUGCUGCAUAUAGCUGCUGCAAAUGGAUACAUGUCAGUGGGAGAGCUGUUGCUGGAGCACAGGAUGUCUCCUGACGACAGGGACGCUGACGGGUGGACACCUCUCCAUGCUGCCGCCUGCUGGGGACAGAUCCAGAUGGUGGAGUUACUGGUGGCUCAUGGUGCGAGUUUAAACGCCAAGUCUGAGCUGGAUGAGACACCUCUGGAUGUGUGCACUGAUGAGGAGGUCCGGGCCAAAAUGAUGGAGUUGAAACACAAGCAUGAUGCCAUCAUGAAGGGUCAGGAAAAACACAAGAACACAUUGCAGAGACGAGUGUCCAGCACGGGCAGCAGAGGUAAAGUAGUGAGGCGCAGCAGUGUGAACGAGCGCAGCAGUCUGUACCGCAGAGAGCAUCAGAAGGAAGCCAUUGUGUGGCAAGAGAGAGGAAGACAGUCAGAUGCCCUGGAUGAUGAUGAAGACCGACAGACUGAUGCAGAACUGAACCUGCAUGCUGCGCUGGUGUCCGGCACUAAUGCCAACCCUGUUCCUCCAUUAGAGGUUGUCGAGGUGGAAAAUGGAACUCAAGUUUUGGGGAACGGCAGCACAGCGUCAUUUUCUUCCUCACUUCCAGGAGAACUCCAGGGCGGGGGCCGCAGGGAUCGCAGCGCCUCCUAUCAGCUCACUCCAGCUCCGGAUGCUACUGGCGGGGACAGCAUGAGCAGAGAGAGAUCUCACCACACGCUCGCAGAUCUUAAACGGCAGAGAGCUGCAGCUAAACUACAGAAACAUCCAGCACCUCCUUUACCCCUGUCUGCAGGCCCUCAGGAUGAGCUUGUACCUGAAGGACCCCAAGGGCCGCUGGAAACCCCUGAAUCGGUACAACAGGAUGCGCCUCCCAAUGCAGUGUACUUUACCCAAGCUAGUGGAGAUCCACCUCUACUGAAGCUGAGAGCACCAGAAGAGGACACGACUAACACAAAAGAGCCAUGCUGUGGACUCAUGUAGAAGCAGCAAAUGAACACGUGUUUGCUUUCAUAUGAUCGUACAGUUAUUCACUACAUGGACGAACGAAAAAUAUCAGGCAGGUACGUGGAAAUGAGUUUCAUGUCCAAGUCAAGCUUUCUCUCACAGUUGCACAUGGACUGAGUGAACUCACAUUUUCAACACUAAUAUGAAUAAUAGCACGUAGGAAUUAUGAUGGACUACACAACUUCCUGAUUGAAUAACAUAUAUAUGAAGAAUUAUGAAGAAAAAAAGUGCCCACAUUUUCAAAACUUGCAUUAUUUGCAGUAUUUCAUACUAUUAUGCUCAUCAUUUUAUUUUCUUAGUUGUUAUGGUCAUUAAAAGUAUUGGCUCUGUUCAAUACAGGAAAAAAAAAACGGACACUGAGCACUUUACUUGACCAAACUUUCAGCAAUCUUCGUAACUUUAAUGGAUAAAUGCACUGUAUAUGUAUACGUUUAUUGGUAACAAAAAAGCACAUUUAAAUUGCACUGAUCAAAGCAAAAUUGCAUUUCAUUAACAGUUUCCUGCAUUUUUACAGGCUGCAAUCUAACAAAUAGACAACUAGUACGCUUGCACGACACCUGGUUGCACCAUUUCAUACUGCUUACUGCUCUCUGGAUUGAUGUUUAAUGCCUUUUGAGAAUGAAGUUCUUAAGCUAAUUUUAUAUUAAUGUAAAUAAAUAAAAUAAUUUAAAAAUAAAAAGUCGUACUAAGGCCAGUAUACCUUUAGAUAAUUUGUUUUCUUCAAACCUUCUCAUUACCUUUUUUUUUCAAAAAAAAAAAAAAAAAAUUAAGAAAAAAAUCAUCAACAACAAAAAACCCUUUAGACUUUUUGGUUUGAAUAUUUUCUGUCUGAGUAAUUCUGAAUAAUUUUCCAUGGAAAAAAAUAACAGUUUAAAAAUAGAAAAAUUAGAAUUUACAUGAUUUUUAGUUUUGUGUUUGUUUGUCAGUAAAAACAAGAGUUUACAGCUUGAAUAUCGUAUGCACACAUGUGAACGGCACUGAAAUACUGCUCUCCUCUGAACGGUCACACACUCCAUUUCACAUUACACCUCCCUGCUGUCAUUUAACUAACUUAAAAAUGGUCAUAAACUGCCUUCCUGAAUCGUGUGGAACUUGGAUCUGGCUCUUUCAUGUUUCAUUUGUCUCAUAUGUCAAGUUCAAGGGGUCAUAAAAACACUGGCAGAAAAAAAAAAAUCAAAACCAUUAGACUGUUUAUGAAUCUCAAGUGUUAUAUAUGAAACACACGCCUGAACAUUAUUUUCAUACAUUUCUUAUAAAUGGUCAGGUUUAGUGUUAAAUAUAUAUACUUUUCCAGAUUGUGAAACCAGAAUUUAAAUGUAACAUUUAUAUAUAUUAAAAAAAGAAAAAGAAAAAAAGAAUUGUUUAUAAUUUCUAUGAUUUUGAAUGAAGAAAGAAUUUUGUAAAAUAAAAAUGAGAGUAUCUGCAUAUUUUAUUCAUCAGUGUUUUAAACCAGAAAUGAAAUGCAGAAUAUCUUUAAUGGUUCUAACAAAGGAAUGGAUGCAGUACACAGACCACAGGAUUGUAAUAGUUUAAGUUAUGGUGUGACAGGUUUAAGUUGUUUAGUUAGUUUUUAUUUUUUCAUAACACUGCAGGUUUAAUUGGUUUGUGCUCAAUGUUCAGUGAGAUUUGAAUAGAAUGAGUGAAACAGAAAAUUUUAUGACUGGCUGGAUGGACGAUUUUCAAAAUAUCUUUAGCUUUUGCACUUUGAGGCUUAAGACUGUAUUUAAUGAGAAAUAGUUCAAUAGUACUGCUUUAUUCACAAGCAGAUUUACUUGAUUUAACAUCUAAUAGUUUUUUGUAAAUGACAGCCAUUCUUUUCUUCAGGAACACUCAUGCAAAGUCUUGCACCUUUUUGCACCUUGUUUACCUCUUCUGAUCACAUCAAGUGCUCUUGUUCUUUGAUAUGAUGCUCCAGUCUAUAAAUGUAAAGAAUAUGUGUCAGUGUCCUAAAUGAAACUACAGAAGCGUUUUGUUUCAUGCAGUUUGGCUUAGUGGAUUCCAGUGUGUUUUACUAAAAAUAAUGGCAACAAUUCACAACAAUUUAACAUCAUUUACUCUGUCUUACAUGCAUAAGCAUUACCUGUAAGUCUCUUUGUGUUUCAAAUUAUGAACUGUAAAAAUGGUUUCAUGGAUUUCAUUGAUUUUUUGGAUUUAUUUUUAUUUAAUGAACUUUGUAAAUCGUUUGUGUGAUAUGUUUUAGAUGUGUUAGGAUGUAUAGACUCAAUGAAGAGCAGAUGCUAAAUGACAUUAUUGACAGAUUACAUGAGCUCCAUGAAUGUCAAACGUUUCACAUUUAUCAAAUAUCUAGAAGCUUAUCAUGAUCAACUUUAUUUUCUAGAAAACUGUAAUAAAAUUGAUAUUCUAGAAUGACACUGAAACGUAGCACUACAAAAACUGGGCUAAGUAACAAUCUGUAGGAGCAAUUAUCAAUUUGAAUGCAGAAGUCUGUAUUUAAACUGAUAAACACUUUUUCAGGGAUAUUUUAUUUUGGCAAUUUUUAUAUAUUUGAACUUGAAAUAU